AACUUUUGAACUUUUGACAGAUGAAGACCACCAUCAUGGAGUUUCACCCUUGCAGCAGCUUGGUGUAGGAAUGGUGUCAAGCUUUGUGCUUGACUAUAUGCAUCUGGUUUGUUUAGGACAUGUUAAAAAAGUUAUAAGUUUGUGGAUCAAAGGACCUUUAAGGUGUCGUCUGUCUGCAGUUACCAUUUCAAUUAUUUCUAAUCACUUGAAAUCAGUGAGAGAUCACCUUCCUAGAAAUUUUUCUAGAAAACCACGUUCACUGAUGGAGUACAGUCAAUGGAAGGCAACAGAAUUCAGACAAUUUCUGUUGUACACUGGCCCAGUGGUUCUUCAAGGACGACUAUCAGCACAAAUGUACAACAACUUUAUGUUGCUCUCAAUAGCAAUGACAAUUCUUCUCAGUCCUGUUUUGUGCUGUAAAUACUGUGGCUAUGCUGGAAAACUGUUGAAGUGUUAUGUUACCAAUUUUGCGAAGUUGUAUGGAACAGAACACUUGGUCUACAACACCCACUGUCUCAUACAUUUAGCUGAUGAUGCCAGAAAAUAUGGUGCCUUGGACAAUAUUUCAUGUUUUCCCUUUGAAAAUUAUCUUGGGACAUUGAAGCGACUUGUACGAAGACCCCAAAAUCCUCUCCAACAAGUCGUCCGGCGUUUAGCUGAAAAACCCAUUCUGGGAGAAGAUGGAAGACAGAGUAAAGCUCAAAUUCCACAUUCAUGUGGUCCAACUCUCCCAGACUUUCCUGCUCACAUGCAGUUCAGGCAGUACAGACAUGAGGGAACCGUCAUAUCAUGUUGUGUAGGAGAUAACUGUUUUGAUGUUGAGGGCAGAGUUGCUGUAAUAAGGAAUAUAAUACAGUUGUUAUCUGGAGCCAUGUACACUGUGUGUCAAUUUUAUGAACAACAAGACUGUUUCUGCAGAUACCCUAUUGAUUCAUCUUGUCUAGGAAUCAGAACUAUGACACAACUUUCUGACCAUCUUUAUGGUGUACCGGUGACAAGCCUGACAAAAAAACUGGUAGUCCUUCCUUUGCGGAACGGUCAUGUUGUUUUUCCUCAGUUACAUGACCACUAAUUUACUUAAUAUGAACUUCCAGCAUGUCCUUCAGCGUCGUGGAAUUCAUUGAAGAAUCAACAGAGGGAAAGAAGUUGGUGGAUAUUAUCCCAUCAUGUUGGUUUACUGAUGCAAACAAGAUUCAGUGCUUCUGGCCAGCAGGCCUUGGUAUAAAUGUCACUAAAGCAGUAAAGCAACAACUACAGCCAGAUGCUUCAUGGAAGAUAUGCUGUGUGCGUGUUCUUGGAAAUGCAGACUGCUAUGGAGAAGCACGACGAAAGCUUGCAAGGGCAGAAGCAACAUCAGAUCUUCAAACAGAUAAUGAUAUCCCAGAAAAGCGACGUAGAAGGUAGUGUGGAACAGGGACUUAUGUAACACACAACUCUAAACCUUCUGUCUUCCUAGUUGUCAUUUGAGCCGCUUUCAAUUCCUUUACCCAUUUGGUUCUCUUUGCUUUACUUUUUUUCUCAUCCUUCAGGACUUAAAGGAACAACAUAUUUGUAAGAAUGGAAAAUUACACAGGAAAAAAUGCUACUACUUGUGAGCUUUACUAUAGAUUUUGCCACAUUCCUACUUUAAAUGAACUAGAUUACUGUUUUUUUAACCAUAUUGGUUGUCAUAGGUUCAACUGUAACGUUUUAUCUUUUGGAUCUUAUUUCUGUAUCUCUCACAGUUAACUUGAAAUAAAAUAGUUAAAUUGCUCACUAGACUAGCCUUUUUGGUUUGUUUUUUUUACCAACUUUUACCACUUGUUAAAUUCUGAUUUAUCAUUUCAGAUCCUCCCACAAAUGGGGCACAUUUUCUUCAAGUGAAGACAGUGUGAACUCCUCAGAGAAUGAAGUUCCACCUUCUCCUCCCUUGGAACUUACUACAGUUGGAUCUGCCUCAAAAGUGUGUAGUCUCGGUGUGUCCAGAAAGAGAAGCCCCAGCACAACUCCAAAUCUGAGAAGCCCCAGCACAACUCCAAAUCAGAGAAGCCCCAGCACAACUCCAAAUCAGAGAAGCACAACUGCAAGUCUUUCUA